GAAUGGAUAGGUGGAACCACAGACUGAAGAAAAGAUGGACCGAUGAAUGGGUGAAAGCUUGAACUGACAGAUGCAAAGAGGUCCCUGUGGGAGAAUGAUGGCGGAAAGGCGGAGGAAGAGACGCCGUUUCCCUGGGCUCCGAGAGACGCCGCGAGCUGGACAGCGCCUGACCCGCAGCGCCUUCGCGUUUUCCCCACCAGGAGCGCCUGCCGUCCCGCCUCCCGGGGGCUACCGGCGGGGCGGCGGGGGCGGGCCGAGCACGUGGGCGGGCCGGACAGCAGCCCCGCCUCUCCUGGAGCCGGGGUGGCCGAGGCCCAGCCUGCGCCCGGCUUGGCGCCGAGACCCGCGCGGCGCGAGGAGCAGGCAGCUUCGCGGGAGCCCGGGCCAGGUGGACAGUUUCUGGUCUGCAUGGCUCUGUAGAGGAUGAAGCCCAACCCCACAGGCUCCUCACCAGAGAUCUGCAAAGCUGCAGGCCAGGGCGGGAAGAGCUGCCCUGUCUGCCAAGCUUGGGGAGGGGUCUUAGGUCCAGGCUCUGGCCUAAGGUCAGGGCCAGGGCCAGGGCCAGGGCCCAGUGAUGUUUUGGGGUCUGGACCAGAAGCUGGUGCUGUCUCAGGGCCUGGUGCUACUCUACCACCUGGACCAGGCGUCAGAUCAGUAUCCAGUCUAGGAGCCACUCCAUUAUCUGGACCAGCAGCAGGGACAAUAGCUGAUCCAGGAGGUGCCCCCUUACAUGGGCCAGGGGCCGGGUCAGUACCUGGGCCAGGAGUAGGGCCUGGGACCAGAAGGGGCUCGGGAUCUGGUCCUCAGCUCAGUGAAUCAUCAACGUCAGCACCAUCACUGCAGCAGAAGACACAAGCCAAAACUACACAGGUCCCCAGACAGAAGGUUCUGGUGACAGGAGGAGGAGGCUAUCUGGGCUUUAGUCUGGGUUCCAGCCUGGCCAAGAGCGGCACUUCUGUCAUCCUGCUUGACCUCCGAAGACCCCAGUGGGAACUGUCCCCAGGGACUGAAUUCAUCCAGGCUGAUGUCCGGGAUGAAGAAGCUCUGUACCGAGCCUUGGAAGGGGUGGACUGUGUCUUCCAUGUGGCCUCCUAUGGGAUGUCUGGUGCUGAGAAGCUGCAAAAAGAACAGAUUGAGUCUAUAAAUGUCGGAGGCACCAAACGAGUGAUCGAUGGCUGCAUCCGUCGGCGGGUUCCGAGGCUCGUCUACACCAGCACUGUCAAUGUGGCAUUUGGCGGGAAGCCCAUAGAGCAGGGUGAUGAGGACUCCGUGCCAUACUUCCCACUGGACAAGCACAUGGACCACUACUCCCGAACCAAAGCCAUCGCUGACCAGUUGACCCUGAUGGCUAACGGGACACCUCUCCCAGGAGGAGGAACUCUUCGAACCUGUGUCCUCCGGCCACCAGGGAUUUACGGCCCUGAAGAGCAGAAACACCUACCCCGAGUUGCGAGCCACAUCAAGAAGCGGCUGUUCAUGUUCCGAUUUGGGGACCGAAGGACAAGGAUGAACUGGGUCCAUGUGCGCAAUCUGGUGCAGGCACAUGUGCUGGCGGCCGAGGCCCUCACUGCAGCCAAGGGCUACGUCGCUAGUGGGCAGGCGUACUACAUCAACGAUGGAGAAAGUGUCAACCUCUUUGAGUGGAUGGCCCCACUGUUUGAGAAGCUGGGAUACAGCCAGCCCUGGGUCCAGGUGCCUACUUCAUGGGUUUACCUGACAGCCGCAGUGAUGGAACACCUGCAUGUGGCCCUGAGGCCUGUCGCCAGCGUUCCCCUGCUGCUCACCCGCAGUGAGGUGCAGUCAGUGGCCGUGACGCACACCUUCCAGAUCGCCAAGGCCAGAGCUCAGCUUGGCUAUGCGCCGGACAAGUUCAGCUUCGCCGACUCCGUGGAGCGAUAUCUGCAGUCCACGAGCCGACAGCCGCGAGGCUCCGAGGCGGGGACACUUCUGCGGAUGCUGCUCGGGCUACUGCUGCUUCUCGGCCUGCUCGGCCUGGCCCUGCACUUUCUAGUCCUACAGCCUCUGCAGGAGGCCGUGCAGAGCCUCUGAUCUGCCCUGCCAAGCCCGGGGCCCCGCCCCGCCUUCACAAUUUGGCUGCGCCUCGGAGCCCUGGCUCCGCCCCUAAAUUCUAGUCACGCCCCCGCCCCGCCCCGCCUUUGGGUUUUGAGUUUGGCUCGGCGUCUCCUGCUACGCCCUCUGUCUGGCCUGCUUACUAACCAGGUCGCAGCCCCAAACCACGCUCCGCCUUGCAGGCCUUCUCCCGCCUCUGCUUAGUCCUACCCCCCCACCCCCCGAUUCUCCGAUGGUAUGGUUACUCCCGUCUUCCUGCCCCCCACUCCUGCUCUUGAGCUCACCCUUAGUUCCUCUUUCCUACUGGCCUUGCAACUCCCUUCAGGUCCAAUCCCGCCCCUGUUGCUGCCUUUUAUUCGGCCCUGGCCACGCCCCCUCUGAGGCCUUCCCCCCCCCCAGCUCCGCCUCUUGGGGCGCUAGGCCCCUGUAGCCUCUCGGAGCUGGUACACGCAAGCUGGUAAGGUUUUUUUGAAUUUACACCGUCUGCUCCUUCUCCUGCUUCUUGCACCGGUGCAUUCUUCUCGCUGCUGCCCUGGCUUCUCUGGGCAUGUCCUGAGAUCCUACUGGAAUCUCGAGUUAGACUCACUUCAGUAACUUUGCUUUUGAUCCGUCCACAUCCCAGUAUUGUGUAUUUGUGCCUUCAGACACAUCUCUGUUGAUAGCUGGAGCUUGAAGAAACGUCAGAGACUCAGGCUUUUGCCCGGCCCAGUUUGGCCUUUGUGGGUCCCUGGUUUAUGAUUUUGGAGAUUACUCAGCCUAGCAAACACUGGCUUUUGUACUAGAAAAGAAUGAAAACAGAAACUGUAAAAAAGUAAAUGUCUCCAAAGAGUACCCACACAAUUAUAAUGAGAAAAAAGGAGUCUAGUUGGUCAUAUUUUAUGACUUAGUAUUGUUUCUGUUUGUUAAUGUGGGAUAGUGCUGAUCAUUGUUAUCUUUAAGGGGGAACACCACAGAAUUUCUUAACCCAGUCCUGCCCACCGCAGACAUAGCACCUCCUUAUAUCUUGGUAUGCACUGUGGGUACCAAGGCAGUAUAAUAAGCUCACGUAUAUGUAUCAAACGAUGCAUACAGGUAAUGGCUGAGGAGAAACCACAGGGCUGGCUAAUCAACUUUGGUAACCAUCACAGAAUAUGUUCCUGUCUAGUGAGCAGGAGUGGGGGGAAAAAGUGUGCUUCUUUGUGCUAGAUAUAUUUGUUGUUUGUAUAUAUAUUUUUUAAAAGAUCAGUAAUAAUCUUUUAUGUAUUUAAUGCUUGAUGCCUUGCAAGGAUUUCAUCUAUAUGAUCUUUUUUGAGUCUUGGGGUAACCCUUACAAUAGAAUUUAUUAUUGUCAUUUUAUUGACAAGGAAACGGCUUGUGUCUAACUUCAAAGAGUAGAUGAGGUGGGGUUACUGCUCUGUAGCAGGGAUAAUUUGGAGAAGCUGCCCCAGGCCCACUGGGACCCCCACACUCUACCUCUAAUUUUUGUCUUCCACAGAUAAAGAGAUCCAUUCUCUAUGACUGUGUUAUGGUUUAUGUCUGGGUGUCCCCCCAAAGCCUCAUGAGGUCCUGGGAGGGCAAACCUUUCAAAAGUGGGUUCCUAGAAUUCAAGAUUGAUUCAUAGUCCAGCGCUGGGAUUACAGGUGUGAGUGCUACACCCUCCCUAGAGCAGUUAGCCUGCAUACAAUAUAAAGGAAGGAAAGAGGCUGCUCCUCCCUUUUGCCCCUUUCGUUUUCCAGCUCUUGCUGUCUUCACUUGCCAUGAACUGUUGCCUUCUAGCAUGUGCCACUCUGCCUUGGAGCCAGCUGCUUACAGACUGAAACCUCCACAGACCAUGAGCUAAAUAAACUUUUCCUCCUUUAACUUUGGGUGUUCGGUAUUUUGUCUCAGCAAUCAGAGAAAAGUAACCAAGACAGGCCCUUAAAGAAGCAGCAAAUUAAAGGCUCAAGCAGCCUGUUGGGAAAUUUUCAGCAGUAUCUUAGCUGCAUUCCCCUGGAAAAAGGGUGCAAUGUUAGUUUUUGUUGUUGUUUUGUUUUAAAGGAAUGAAAUUGGUGCGUGAGAGGUUUGUGUAAUGGGUUGAGUGGGUGAAUUGCCCUGUAGUUUCUUCCUUUUUCCUUUUUUUUUUUUUUUUUUUUUACAUUCCGUGUAAAAAAACGAGACAAAACAAAAGCUUCAAAGCAAAGGAGAUUGAAAGAAGUUAGAAAAGUGAAACCAUCCAGGUGUGGCAGCGGUGGGAUUCGAACCCACGCCAUCGAAAUGACUGGAGCCUAAAUCCAGCGCCUUAGACCACUCGGCCACGCUACCGCCCGUCUCUAAAGUGCUCUACUCAGAGGCUGUUAGGAGGCUGUUAGUGCGAUAAUGGCGGCAUUUGCUCGCCGGGAGCCCUGCCUGAAGCUAUUUAUGCAAGCCAUGCCUCUCUGCCUAGCGGUGCGAGAUCCUGCGUCUCGGCUUUCUCUGUGGCUUUUGUAGUCACAAUCCUGUCGUGACUGACUUCAAAAACUACAGCAUUGAUUUUAAGACAUUUAAAAGAUAGAAAUAGUCUCUAAAUGUUAAGCUUUAGUGCUCGCUUCGGCAGCACACAGACUAAAUAUUAAAGCAUUAACAACCGGCUCGCGUGUGUGUUCAGGUUCGAUUUUCGCACUUUCUUUUUGCUUGAGGCUACCUACAGCCACCUGGGGGCGGUGUCGCGCUGUGACUUCCUCUCAGCCUGGCUGGGAGUUCCCCGGCAACCCGUUUGCUCUCGACUGGUCCUGCAGACUCUGUUUUCACUUCAGUUUACCUCUGCAGCCUUGUGUCGCCUCGUAACCUGGCCCCAGAGAAUCAUAGGUCCAGAGAGGAUAUCAAUGAACGUGUUCGGAGCCUUUGCAAUGUGGUCUGCCUCAGACAUAACUAUGAUCCUGUUUUACAGACAGCACCUAAGUUCCUUGCACCAGUGUCCCAGCCAGACUAGCAUUCUCCAGCCUCCCAAAACUCAAGUUUUUCUAUGCAGACUAAAUGUUUUUUAGAAAAAAAUAGAGCACAAGAGAGGAAAAGAAAGUACUCUAAAAGAUGUAAUUGCAUGUAUGCGUAAGUGUGUAAGAUAGAUAAUCAUAUUAUUAAUUUUUUUGGAUCGUUGUUUGCAGUUUCACUGUUUGAAUGUCCACUUUGUAUGCUUUAAUUUUGUAAAAAUUAAAUGUCCACUUUGUAUGCUUUAAUUUUGAACAACUAUGUCUAAGAUGACAUUAUGUAAUCUAUGAAUUAGUGAUUUCUUAAUGUUUAUUUUUUUGAAAUUCUGUAUUAUUUCUACUCUUUUUUCUCUUUAAAUAAAAUUUUUUAAAAAGAAAAAAUAGAGCACAACACAACAAACCAUUUCCCGUCAUUCAUAAUUGUUGAUAUUUUGUAGGUUGGUCUUAAAUCUUUAUAAAUUAAAAAAAGAACACUAUAGAUAAAA